ACAUAUUUUACACCAUCAUAUACUGUAGACGUUAUGUAUAUAUCAUAGAAUUUUUCGUAUGACCAUAUAUAUGGAAAAUGAUGUCUACCAGUUAGUGGUAACUACCUCCGACACAUGAAUUAAUACAUCUAAUGAUCACCAGAGGUCAAAUAUAAACCUCGCCGGACUUUGUUAAUUCGAGAAAAAUUCCUUCGCCAUGAUUGUCUGGUUCCUCUUCGGUUCUUUGUUGUUCUUCCUCAAUUCCCUCCGUGGAGCUCCUAUCGAGGACCUGUGUUUAGCUUUUACUCUUCCAGGUUUUCCUGAUUAUGUUCUCAAAGAAGGCGAGCAAAACAUAAUUGUUAAUAUCCACAACCUAGAGGAGUAUGUUUCUUUGGUAGUCGAUGCGACAGUGAAGUCAGGGAUUAUGAAGCAGGUUGAAGCUUUCAUAUCAGGUUUUAGCCAGGUCUUUGAUAUCUCAUCCCUCCAAAUAUUUUCACCUCAAGAGCUUGACUAUCUAAUAUGUGGUCGUCAAGAAAUAUGGGAGGCCAAAUCACUGGUGGAUAACAUAAAAUUUGAUCACCGGUUUACUCCUAAAAGUCCUGGCAUUAUAAAUCUACUCGAGAUCAUGGCGAAGCUACUCGAGAUCAUGGCGAAAUUUACCCCUGAUCAACAGCAUGCAUUCUGCCAGUUUGUAACUGUUGCUUCUUCUCGGCUUCCAACUGGUGGUUUGGCUGCCCUUAGUCCCAAGCUUACCAUAGUUCAAAAGGUGUUUUAUGUUGGCAUCUCCUUCAUAUACGUCUUGGCAGAGAUAUGCUCCGGUCCGACACGCCUCGGGUUCGGGACGUUCGAGACCUCCCAAGCUGCCGCCCGCGUGUACGACGCGGCGGCGUGGCGGCUCAGGAGGCCACGGGCUCAGAUGAAUUUCCCGGAAAUUCAGACGCGCGAGGAGGUGUAG